AUGGGGCUGAUUCGAGACGUCAAAGGUGUGCAAAAAGUCACGGGUUGCUUGGUGGCACUGAGCCGUUUCAUCUCGAGGUUAGGGGACAAGGCGUUGCCGCUGUAUCGGCUCUUGAAAAAGGUUGAUCGUUUCUCCUGGACCCCUGAGGCCGAGAAAGCCCUCGACAACCUGAAAAGGACGCUGACCACCACCCCGAUCCUGGUUCCCCCUCAGCCUGCAGAGCCCCUGCUGUUAUACGUCGCUGCGACAACUCAGGUGGUUAGUGCAGCUGUGGUGGUCGAAAGGCCGAAGGAAGGACACGCGUUACCAGUCCAACGGCUGGUCUACUUCAUUAGCGAGGUGCUCUCAGAAACCAAGGUACGGUAUCCCUACGACGACGACAAAGUAACCAAGGACGCCACAAGCUGA